AUGCCACCACACCUCCACCCCCGCUCACGGUCAACGACCUCCCUCUUCGCCGCGACGCUCUUUGCAUCCCUCGUCGUCGUCGGUCUACCACACGUCUUCCCCUGUCCCGCCCCGCGCCGCACACUCGCCGAUUCCGAAAUGAUAGUCACAGCAGACGGCCAACAAAUCCAGAGAAUACGACGCAGACGUCGGAAGGACGAAGACAUGCUCAGUCCAGUAGAGGGCGUCCUGCCCCGGACGAGCCCCGCUACCGACGACGAAGUCUCCACGUUCCUACAACUCGAGGAAGAAGCACAGAGAUUGGCGGCGGCAGGCCGUGAAUGCCCGGUCCCGAAACCCAGGGGCGUUCUGGGCGACUUGCUAGGAUUUACACACCGCGGGGAUACACAGACACAAUUACAGUCGUCACAGGAGGCUAGGCAGAGCCGGUAG